AUGGAUUGCCUUGAUGAAUCCCCCGGGAAGUUCAGGAACUUUGAGAAGGACGACUUUGAGGCAGACUGGAUUAAAGUGGCAGAAAACAGAUUUGGUCAGGUGUAUAUGGUCAAACUCAAACUCUGGCGGCUUCACUGUGCCCUGAAAAGCUUUGACACAACGUUGUGUGCAAACAACUUUUACAGGAGAAUAACAGAGGAGGCGUCCAACAUUGCCAAAGUAAAAUUCAAGUACAUCCUGCCCAUCUACGGACUGUGCAACGAAGCAACAGCCUUAGUGAUGGAUUACAUGACUAAUGGAUCACUGAACAAUCUCCUGGCCAGUCACACCUUGAUGUGGCCAAAGAAGUUCCAGAUGAUUCAUGAAACCUCCAUGGGCAUGAAUUUCCUCCACAGCAUGAAACCUCCACUCCUCCACCUAAACCUCAAGACGUCCAACAUCCUCCUGGACGAUCAUCUGCAUGUCAAGAUUUCAGACUUUGGUUUAAUCCACUGGGAAGAAGGCAUGAGCAAGAAGUUGUUCUUGGAGAAUCUGACAGGGAGAGGAAAUAUAAGUUACAUUCCUCCAGAGACCUUCACUCAGAGCCCUGAUCCUCCAGGAACUGCAUUUGAUAUUUACAGCUUUGGAAUUGUGAUUUGGGAGAUUCUGACUCAGCAGAAACCGUAUACUGGGUGCAGUGUGACCACUGUGCUCCUACAGGUGUCAGAUGGUAAGAGACCCUCUGUGGAGCUGCUACCUGAACAGAGGCCCCCUGAGUGUGAUGAGAUGAUCCACAUCAUGAGGCGGUGCUGGGACCAUGACCACAAGAAGAGGCCGCAGUUCUCAGACACUGUGAGGAAAACAGAAGUUCUGAGUGAAGUCCUGAAGAUCCCAGGACCAAUCACGAUGUCAAACAGUGACGGCAGACUGAAAUUAGAUUAUCCAUCGCUUCUUUCACCAAAACAUGAAAUGUCUUUGCCUGAGCUGCCUGACCUUCCCUCAGACAACUUGCACUCCGAGGACAGAAUUAUCUCCCUGCUCUUCAAACAGGACUUUGGUAGUUUCAGACAGUCUGUGAGAAAAGAGCACGUACACAAACAGUUUUUAGAAGACAUGAACAUCCUCCACUAUGCGGUGGCCAGUGGGGACGCAGAGAGUGUGGAGCAUGUGCUGAAUCUGGGUGCUGAAGUCAACUCCACUACUACAAGAGGUUACACUCCUCUUAUUGUUGCCGUUCUGAAAAGGCUUCAUGACAUCAUCUCUUUGUUGCUGGACCAUGGCGCAGCCACAGACCUUGGAGAUGAAGACCAGUGGACUGCACUCCAUUUUGCUGCUCAGAGUGGCGAUGACAGAACGGUUCGCCUCCUCUUGGACAAAGGAGCUGCAGCAGAAGCCCGGGAAAAAGCUGGUUGGAUGCCCCUCCACCUGGCCUGCCAGAACGGCCACGAAACAGUGGUGCGCCUGCUGCUUUCACGGCUGUCAGAGGAAGCAGUUAAUGAACGAGAAGCACAAGGGAGGACGCCUCUCCACCUUGCCUCCGCCUACAGGCAUCUGAGUAUCGCCAAGCUCCUCCUCUCUCAUGGAGCAGAUCCCAACGCUACAGACGACUCUCUGUCCACUGCUCUUCACUUAGCUGCAGAUGAAGGCCAGUUCAGAAUAGUCAGACAGUUACUGAUAAGUGGUGUAAAUAUUGACACUGCAGACAGCAGAGGAUUCACUCCGCUCCACUUAGCUGCUCUGAAGGGUCACACUGGCAUAUGUAGGCUGCUGUUGUCAAACGGGGCCAGCCCAGACUCCAGGACCCUGCAAAGCUGGACUCCCAUGCACCUGGCGGCCCUGAAGGGACAUGAGGCCACUGUGGUUCAGCUGGAGGGUCAGGGGGCUUGUGUGAAUGCUAGAGGUGAAAACGGAUGGACCCCGCUCCACCUGGCCUGCCACCAGAGUGAGUCCAAGGUAGUGGCAAGUCUUCUGGCAGCCAGAGCUGAUCCCAAUGUGUCAGAGGACUGUGACGGAUGGUCGCCAUUACACGCGGCGUGUAACAGCGUCACUUUCCCAAGUGUCCUCCACUUAAUAUCACAUCAUGCAGAUGUGAAUGCAGUAAACUCAGGGGAUGCUUCACCACUACACCUGGCUGCCCAGCACGGCUGCACACCUAUCGUAAAGGCUCUGCUGCUGAACGGAGCAGACAGGACUUUGCUGGACUCAUCUGGAUCCACAGCUCUCAACGUGGCCCAAAGGUGUGAGAAAUGGGACAUAGUGAAGCUACUGGAGAUGUAG